AUGCCCCCAUGUGGCCCACACGCGGCCGCGUGCCUCCUAUUGGUGCUACUUGGAUUGCUCUCGUGCCUCCAAGUUGCCACAGCGCGGCCCGCACCGGCAGCCGCCAGGCCGCACCCGCCGGACGGCGCGGCGUGGCGCUCGUUCAAGCAUCUGUUGGACGCGCGGCGGGGCAGCCGCGUCGCGGGCCUCGCCGAGCUGAAGAAGCACCUGGCGAGGUUCGGGUACAUGCAUCCCAGGACGGAGCACGAUGACGCGUUCGACGAGCACAUGGAGGCCGCCGUAAAGCGGUACCAGUCCAGGCUCAGCCUGCCGGUCACCGGCCACCUCGACCCCGCCACGCUCGGCCGGAUCAUGUCCCCGCGCUGCGGCGUCGCCGACGGCCACGGCGUGUCCGUGUCCCUCUCGAAGUCAGCGGUCAGCCAGUUCACGUUCUUGGACGGCGAGCCGCGGUGGACGCGGCCGGACCUGCUGGUGCUGACGUACUACAUCUCCCGGAGGGCCACCGUAGACUACCUGCCGCAAGAGGACGUGCGCGCCGCGUUCCGGAGCGCGUUCGCGCGGUGGGCGCGGGUCAUCCCCGUGGAGUUCGUCGAGACCGACGACUACUACGGCGCGGACAUCAGGGUGGGUUUCUACGAGGGCGACCACGGGGACAAUGACCCGUUCGACGGGCCGCAAGGCGUGCUCGCGCACGCCGGGGGUCCGAACGAUGGGGGGCUCCACCUGGACGCGGCGGAGCAUUGGACGGUGGACUUGGACGCGGACACGGCGAGCAUGGCCAUCGACUUGGAGUCCGUGGCGACUCACGAGAUCGGGCACGUCCUCGGGCUGGAACACUCGUCGUUGCCGGAGGCGGUCAUGUACCCGUACAUCGGCGAGAGGGAAAGGAAGGUGGAGCUCACCGACGACGACGUCGAGGGCGUCCAGCUGCUGUACGGGUCCAACCCACGGUUCAGGCACGUCCCCUCUGUGUCGCCGGGGAGGAGCAGUUGGCUUGCUGGCUCAGUUAGCUUAUUUUGUGUAGUCUUGGUGAUGCUAGUGACGCACAUGUAG